AUGUCCACCGUCAUCGCCGUCAUUGCGGUCGUGGGAGUGUUCGCGCAGCUCGACGUUGCAGGAGCAGCAGUAACGCCUCAAGUCCGGAACGCGAAAUGCGACUUCACGACCGGGGAGUGGCGGAAGGGGGGGACCAAAGGAUUUCCGCGGUACACGUCGCUUCCGGGAAAGCCCAACUCGUGCCCUUACGUGCGGUCGGAUUUCGCGUGCGAGCGCAACGGGCGUGCGGACAUGCGGUUCCAGUGGUACCGCUGGCAGCCCAGGCAGUGCAUGUACUCCUACUUCAGCCCCUCGGGCUUUAAGUACAUGCUCAGAGGAAAGAAAGUGCUGCUGGUGGGCGACUCGAUGAUGUCCAACUUCUACGAGGCGCUACUCUGCGCCAUCCACAUCGGCGGUUUCAAGGGCGAGGCCUACCAGCGCAACACGGGGGGCGUGUUCGACAUAAAGGGAGUGCGCUUCUCCCGCAUGAAAAUUCUCAUCGCGCACCUCUAUUGGGAAUUUUCAAAGUGA